AUGUCCAGCAUCAGUACUAAAGAUAAUGCCGCUCUACCCACUCCCAACGAGGAGAUUGAUCCCACCCAACCGACCCAAAUGAGAGCCCGCUACGAACAAGAAAGAAAGAAACGUCUGCGCGAUGACGGAAACGCACAGUUCAUCGAAGUCGCAAAGUCAGCUCAGUAUGAGCGUUUCGCUGAUGACCCGUGGGCUGACCCGGCAGCAGUCCAACCCCUCCAAGCCAAGUUCCCCGAUGAGCGAAGCGAAAUGCUUAUCAUCGGUGCCGGAUGGGGCGGGAUACAGAAUGCCGUUCGCAUGGUCGAGGCUGGCAUACCAGUCGAAGGCAUUCGCAUUAUCGACCCGGCUGGUGGCUUUGGUGGCACCUGGUACUGGAAUCGGUAUCCCGGGCUUAUGUGUGACAUUGAGAGCUAUACCUAUCUCCCAUAUCUGGAGGAGACGGGAUACGUACCCAAGCACCGAUAUUCGCAAGGCGAAGAGAUCCGGGAGUAUGCCAAUCUUGUUGCGCAGAAAUGGGGGUUGAUAGACUGUGCCGUUUUCCAAACCCAAGCACAGAAGAUUGUUUGGGAUGAUGAUGCCAAAGAAUGGUCGGUCAAUCUAAUCCAGCGUCGCAAGGGUCAAUCUCCAACUACUCUCCAGAUUCGCUCCAAGUUUGUCACCAUUGCUGCUGGUGUGCUUAACUGGCCCAAGCUGCCGAGCAUCCCGGGGAUUCUGGACUACCAAGGUGACAUGUUCCAUUCUGCUCGUUGGGCAUACAAUGUCACUGGUGGAUCUCCCAAAGACCCGGUGCUUGCCAAAUUGAAGAAUAAGCGGGUCGCGAUUAUCGGCACAGGAGCGACAGCGGUACAAAUCGUUCCACAGGUCGCAAAAUGGUGCAAGCACCUCUAUGUCAUACAGCGGACGCCGGCUUCGGUGGACGUUCGUGAUCAACGUGAGACUGACGAUGAAUGGUUUCAUCAAGCGGUUGCACGAUCGAAAGGAUGGCAACGAGAGCGAAUGCGGAACUUCCACCAACAUUUCACUCUUGGCGAGGUACCAGCAGUCAACCUGGUCAACGAUGGAUGGACCCGCGCUCCUGGCUUAGUUGGUCUAACUGGGUAUACCGAGGGACCCAAAUUACCCGAAGAAAUCCCUGCAUACAGGGCAAGAUUGAUUGAGAUCGACAUUCCCCAUCAAAAUCGCAUUCAUACUCGCGUGGAUGAAGAGGUGAAGGAUCCGGCCACCGCAGAGAAACUAAAACCCUGGUAUCCUGUAUGGUGUAAACGUCCUUUAUUCCACGACGACUACCUCAAGAGCUUCAAUCAAGACAACGUGACCCUUGUUGAUACCGACGGCAAGGGCGUCAACCGGAUGACGGCAGCCUCUCUGGUUAUCGGCGACAAGACCUACCAGGCUGAUGUAGUCAUCUUCGCGACAGGCUUUCUUGCACCGGCCGCUGGCACGCCAGCUGAGAAAGCAAGCAUGUCAGUUAUAGGCUUGAAUGGAGUCUCCAUGAGCGAGGAAUGGCCUCGAUUCGGCCCUACAACCCUGCACGGUAUCAUCGAUGCCAAGUUCCCAAAUCUCUUCCUCUCUGGACCUCUGCAGGCGUCUACAAGUGGAAACUAUCGCUUCAGUCUCGAUGAAUACGCGAAGCACAUAUCGUACAUAUUGGCCGAAGCGAAACGUAGGGCCAAUGGUGCGCACUUCAUUGUUGCGCCAUCCACGGAGGCAGUAGAGGACUGGGGCAAGCAAGUUAUGAUCCAUUCUGCGCCAAUGGGGGUUGCACUUGGAUGCACACCAGGAUACUCUAAUCUAGAGGGUGACCUUGAUCGUAUACCACCCGAGCAACAGAUGGUCUUAGCGCGGUCGGGUCUUUGGGGCUGGGGAAUCGAGCACUGGCUUGGAAUUAUUGAAAAUUGGCGAGCUGACGGCGACAUGAAGGGUAUUGUGGUGAGUUGA